AUGCCCUACCAACAGACUGCAGACAAAGUUCACAAUUCUUUACAUCACCAGUGUUUUUUUUUUCACAGUGCAUUGCUGGCAUCAUAUUUUCUACAAGAGAAACAGAAUCUUCAUGGUAAAAUUGGCUGUCUGCUAUCAAUCAUUGGCUCAACAGUGCUUGUCAUUCAUGCACCACAGGAAGAGGAAGUGAAGCGCAUGGAUGACUUAGAGCCAAAGCUUACAUCACCAGGCUUUGUGGCUUACGGUUUCAUUAUCAUAAUAUUUGCACUAGUUCUAGUAUUCUAUUAUGGACCACGAUUUGGCAAAACAAAUAUUCUGGUGUACAUUGCAAUCUGUUCCCUGAUUGGUUCAUUGUCUGUAAUGGGAUGCAAAGGUCUUGGAAUAGUGAUUAAGCAGACACUCCAUGGAGACAGCCAGCUAACGAAUCCUGUGGCAUGGGGCUUGUUAUUCGCUGUAUUAGCGUGUGUGAUGACACAGAUGAACUACCUGAAUAAGGCUCUUGACAUCUUUAAUACAUCCUUAGUAACUCCAAUCUAUUAUGUCAUGUUCACAACACUGACAAUCAUUGCUUCAGCAAUUUUGUUCCGGGAGUGGGAGGUCAUGAACUCUAAAGACACUAUAGGUGCAAUUUGUGGAUUUCUGACGAUAGUGUUUGGUGUGUUCUUGCUACACGCAUUCAAGGAUGUUCACUUCAGUUUAAAGGAUGUUCUCAAGUUUUCCUCCCAGGCUAAUGGUGCUCCAAAGACGAGAAAUCCUGGAAAACAGGCAAACGACGAAACAGAGGCAAUGCUUAUGCAUCGCAUCAACAAUGCUACUGAUGAAGAAGAAGAAGAAGAGUCUGUCACAGUAUUUACCAAUAAUAUCAAUCAUUUAUAAUAUAUCACUUCAUCUAUUUAUUAGAAUUUCAAAUAAAUUUAUGAAUUUGUUCAAAACGGAUAGUGUUUCUGUAAUUCACCUACACAGAGUGGGUAUUAAAAUUAUUGGAACCUGACUGUAUAAAAAAACCUGACUGUACAAAAAUAUUGCACAAUGUUUUCUCAGUAAAACCAACAAUUUAUUAAUAUAAUUUUUACUAUUCUGUAUAUUAAUGAUCUUUCAGCUUAUGCAGUCAAAUAUUCUUAAGUCAGCACUUUGUGUGUUGGAUUCGCUGGCCAGUGAUGAAGUGAUUUUUCAUUAACACUGUUCAGUGUUCACGCACUGUUUGGGGUUUGUUACUUAUUCCAGAACAAGAGUUGUUUCACUUAUUAUAUUUCAUAAUUUUUGAUAGUUACUAAUAAGUUCAGUCAUAGCAGGGCACCUAUGCAACCCACUCUUUGUUGCAGUGAGCAGAUGAUCAAAAAAUCAGCUUCACCUUUGUUGUCAAAGUCAACUUGAUAUUUAACUGACUGCCAGUUAUUUAACCUUAGUUUAGAUUUAUUACACUGUUGAACUGGUUUUAUCAUACAGCUGAAUUAAGUUUAACACUGGGUUUUGCAGCCACUAUAUAUUGUAUUAGUAAAGCAUGGGUUGAACUGUGGUUUGUUUAGUCCAUGUUAAGACUUGAACUCAUCAUUUUCAUAACCCACUGAACAUUAAUCAAGUAAUCAUGCAGUCAAAUUCUGUCAGUAACUGAAUCCUUAAAGUAGCAUUGGUUAAGACCAAUGUAAUCAUUAGACGGCACCAGGAGCUGGUCAAUCUUUGAAAGUGUUUUCAACCUCACAUUUUCUUGAGGUGUAUGUCUUUAAUAAAAUAUUUGUUAGUUUGA